GUGAUAAAUAAAAAAGUGUCGGACGAAAUGAGAAAAGUAUGCCGACGCGUUGAUCGGUUUAAGCUCGUUUACGAUUCAGUGUAUCCGUAGAUGCACACGGUGGGGUGAAUUGUGAUUCAAAUCGGAAACCUCCAUCGAUUUUUGUUUGGAUCUCUCAGAUUUUUUGUUUGAUUUUGCAUCUGAGAGAGACCAGAACCGAAGGAGGAGGAAGAACAACAAAAAUGCAAGCAAGGCGUGGCCAAUCGUCGUAUCGAGAUCGGACGGAAGAGUUCUUCGGCAUCGUCGAAACUCUGAGGAGAUCAACUGCUCCGGAUGCGGCGAAUAAUGUGCCGUAUGGCGGUGGUGGUGGGGGAAGGAGAGAUGAUCCGAGAUCCGCCGUGGCAAAUCAAUCGGAGUUCAAAAAGAGAGCUGCUGUCAUCGGUUUAGCUAUCAAUCAGACGUCGCAGAAGCUAUCGAAGCUUGCUCAACUGGCAAAGAGAUCAUCAGUUUUUGAUGAUCCCACACGGGAGAUACAAGAGCUGACGGCGGUAAUCAAACAAGAGAUCUCUUCUCUGAAUUCCGCUCUGAUAGACCUUCAAGCUGUACGCAACUCCCAUAAUGAUGAACGCACCAUCUCUAGAGACACAACUACUCACUCGGCAACUGUUGUUGACGAUCUUAAGAAUCGCUUGAUGGACACUACCAAAGAGUUUAAGGAUGUUCUUACUUUGAGAACCGAGAACAUGAAGAUCCAUGAAAUUCGAAGGCAAAGGUUCACGUCUAACCCUUCAAAAGAAUCAACAAACCCGUUUGUUCGCCAGCGCCCUUUGGCUUCUAAGCCUGCUGCUACUCAACCUGCUCCACUUCCAUGGGCAAGUAGCUCUUCUUCAUCUUCUUCAUCGUCUCAGUUAGUCCCAAGGAGACAGGGAGAGGCCGAAUCUUCUCCAUUGUUGCAGCAGAGUCAACAACAACAACAACAACAGAUGGUCCCGUUGCAAGACACUUAUAUGGAGAGCCGCGCAGAAGCUCUACACAACGUAGAAUCAACAAUCCAUGAGCUAAGCAAUAUCUUCACACAACUAGCUACCAUGGUUUCUCAGCAAGGGGAGAUCGCUAUCAGGAUCGAUCAGAACAUGGAAGAUACAUUGGCGAAUGUGGAAGGCGCACAGAGCCAACUGGCCAGGUAUCUCAACAGUAUAUCAUCAAACCGAUGGCUCAUGAUUAAGAUUUUCUUCGUACUGAUUGCAUUUCUCAUGGUUUUCCUCUUCUUCGUGGCCUAAUAUUGAGAUCGUUAAAAAAAAAUAUUCUAAAAGAGUUUCAAACAUCUAGACAUGGUUCUUUUCUUCUGUCGUAUCUUUAUUGACAUGUAAAGAAUAUAGAGAAAAUGAUCUUUAUGCUCUAUGUUCAGAUCAGUGGAGAUAUACAUAUAUAUAUAUAUUGCCAAAUUUGUAUGUGAAAUUGAUUUACGCUGCCCAAACGCUUUCGUGAUUCUGAUUCUUUUUCACUA